UGCCUGCCACGCGUCCGACUUCGGUCCUUCCCGGAGCUCCACCAGCCGGCGGACGGAUGCGCUGUAGGGCUUGCAGUAGGCCUGGGGGUUCUGCUUUGCGAACCAUGCUUUUCCUAUUCAGACUAGCGGUUUUCCUCAGCCUGUGGGGCUGUUCCCACGGUCAGGGACACACGGACGACGAAGGCACGGAGGAAGUGAAAAUAGAAGUUUUGCAUCGUCCAGAAAACUGCUCCAAAACAAGCAGGAAAGGAGACUUGCUAAAUGCCCAUUACGACGGCUACUUGGCCAAAGAUGGCUCCAAAUUCUACUGCAGCCGGACACAGGAUGAAGGCCACCCCAAAUGGUUUGUUCUUGGUGUUGGGCAUGUCAUAAAGGGACUGGACCUUGCUAUGAUGGACAUGUGCCCUGGAGAGAAGAGAAAGGUGAUCAUUCCUCCUUCAUUUGCAUAUGGAAAAGAAGGCUAUGGUGAUGCUUGAAGUUUUUCUUCUGGCAAAAUGUCCUUGGCUCAUGUCACAGAACACCCGUGCAUGUCUUGAAGUGCAUGUGGCUCUCUAGUGCUUUAAUUAACCAUCUGUGUGCAGAAGGCAAGAUUCCACCCAAUGCAACACUGAUGUUUGAGAUUGAACUUUAUGCUGUGACCAAAGGACCACGGAGUAUUGAAACAUUUAAGCAAAUAGACACAGACAAUGACAGACAGCUCUCCAAAGCCGAGAUAGAGCUUUAUUUACAGAAGGACUUUGAAAAGGAUGCGAAGCCCCGUGACAAGUCCUAUCAGAACGCCGUUUUGGAAGAUAUCUUUAAGAAAAAUGACCACAAUAGAGAUGGCUUCAUUUCUCCCAAGGAAUAUAAUGUGCACCAACAUGAUGAGCUAUAAAAAUUAUUUUACCUCUUUAUUUGUUAGUAACUUACUGUACUUUGCUUUUGAAAAAAAAAAAAUCACUUUCUCCAAGUUCUAGUUACCUGUUUUCCCUUAUGAGAAGAGAAUAUGUUUCCUUUAAUAAACAUAAUUUUGGUGUAAAAAUGUGAAGAUGUUUUGCAAACCUAACUCUGGGGUCGGUGUGAUUGUGUUUCCUGUUAUUUUCUGCUCUGAACAUAAAUUGCAGCACCAGGGAAUGGGCCUGUAUCCCAGUGGGUGACAUCCCUCCUUCAGGACAUAGAUGAACACAUGUUAAAAUAGAUGGUAAGUACUCCCCAACUCUAGUAAUAACAGUGAGUGCAGGUUUGUAAAGAUCCAAGACUUUAGCUCUUAAAGUGCCCCAUAUCUAAGAAUACUCAAGAGACCAGGAAGUCAUGUCUCUUUUAUUUAUGCAUGUUGUGAUGUU